CAUGCUUGAAUCGAAUUAUGUAAACUCCAUAUUUGAAGUAAAGCGGUCACGCUGGUCGUGGCCACUAAACGUUUAUGUAUAAUUUUUGUUAUUUAUUAAAGUGUAAAAUGGCUAAAGAAAACAAAGUCAAAUCUAAAAUACCCAUUCCCGUCGAUCCAUUACCGCCUUUAUCAGAAAACACCCUGAAGAAAAAUCCAAGGAUAAAAACUGACCGUCAUCCAUUAGAAACUUUAUAUCAAGAAUCGGUAAAUUCGGAAAAAGUUGCUACACAUAAUAGGAAAAUUAAAAAAGCUUUAAGAAGAUCAAACAGUGUCGCAAUUAGAGCUGACACUAGACACGUAACUGUACGACAAAAAACAGAAGACUUAGACUGGAAUUACAAAGUAUUUAAGGACAUGUCUGAUGAUGAACAGAAAAAAGGUACACUCUUAAAAGCAGACAAUCGUGCUGGAGAAACUAGCAAGAUUUCAACUCCCGCAUUAAAGUCUUUCCUAGAACCCUGCAGGGUGAGAAAUAUAAAAAGAAGUCUUAAACGACCUCACAGUCGGGAACUGCAAGGUAUAUCUCCGGUAGUCACUGAUGAUUUAAGAGAAGAGAAACACAAACGUAGGCUCGUGUUUACUGAUCGUUUUGAAAAAAGAUGGCACUCUACUGAUUUCUGGUUGAACUCAUACGCUACUUGUUUAAGUCACAAUUAUGGUCCUGAUUUGUUUAAUUAUUUAUUGGAGAAGGAAACUAUUACCAAGGUGCCAAGAAUACCCAGCACUCCACGUGCAUCUGUCAUAAAUUGGCUGCUUAAUGUCAACGGUCCAGGAGGAAACCCUGCUGCAGUGCAAACAGCGGCUUGGUACUUCGAUACUGUAUUAACAAUUGCGCAAACUUCGGCGGAGAACAUGCAAGUUCUGGCCGCUGCUUGCUAUUGGAUAGCGCUGAAGAUACAAGGCAAUGUCAUAUCUUCGAAAAAGUUGGUGAAAGCUGCAGCUAAUGUAUUUACUGUUGAACUUUUGAUAGUUGCCGAGAGUGCGGUGAUGGAGAGACUGAAAUUUCCAAUCCAGCCAAUAGUGGCCCAGGAUUUUAUAGCCUACAUGUCGUGGGUGUGCGAUGCAGCUAACUUUGUGGAGAUCGAAACGGCUGCGACCCUCAUGUUCAUGGCGGGUCUAGUAGUAAACCCCGGUUUACCACAAGACCUGGUGGAAAAAGACGGUGCUGAGACACCUCCUUUGUUGUCUUCGAACUACCCCUCGAUUUUAGCAGCCGCUGCUGUAAGGAACGCUUUGCUCGUGUUAAAGAAAAGAGAAUUACUAAGAGUCCUGGAGACGAAUGAUGUAUAUAAAGCAGCAGUGAAGAAGGGGUCUAACUUCGAUUUCCUAUGCUCAUUGCAGUGGUGGGCGCUGCGCAAAAUGUCGUCUCCAAAUUACGACUACAGAGCUCUUUUAGAAAAAGCACAAAACCGUAUUUUGACAGACAAAAUUGUAGCGUCCGUUAAUACUAAUUCCUUUUAUCUAGAACUAAGUUGUAUUUAAAAGUGUUUUGGUUUUUGUUAAUAUUUUCCGCAAUAAGACCAUAAACGAAACGGCAUAUUAAGAUUACUUAAGUAAGGAAAUAUAAAGAAUUAAAUCUUAGUUUAUCAAUAUAAUAUAUUUUUCUUUUUUUAUGCA